GUUGGCUGGGAGUUGGCAGGAUAACUCUGGCGAGCGGGGCCUUUGUCCUUCAGUGGCUGUGAGGCAGCUGCCGUGUCGGUGUCGUGGCCCGAGGCGAGGCGGGGGCCCGCGAGCCCUAAGGAGGCCAGCGAGCGAUCGAGCGGGGCGGGAGGGGCGGACGGCGCGGCGGCAGCGGGCGCUGGAGUAGCCUGCGAGGGAGCGCAGAGAACAGGCGCCCGCGCGCUCGCGGUGGCAGGAGCAACCCGCACGCCGCUCUCUCUCAGUAGGGGACUUGCAGUUGCAAUAUGACUUUGGAGGAAUUCUCGGCUGGAGAGCAGAAGACUGAAAGGAUGGAUAAGGUGGGGGAUGCCCUCGAAGAAGUGCUCAGCAAAGCCCUGAGUCAGCGCACAAUCACCGUCGGGGUGUACGAGGCGGCCAAGCUGCUCAACGUCGACCCAGAUAACGUGGUGCUGUGCCUGCUGGCGGCGGACGAGGACGACGACAGGGACGUGGCUCUGCAGAUCCACUUCACCCUGAUCCAAGCGUUUUGCUGUGAGAACGACAUCGACAUCCUACGAGUCAGCAACCCCGGCCGGCUGGCCGAGCUCCUGCUCCUGGAGACGGACGCGGGCCCCACCGCGAGCGAGGGCGCGGAGCAGCCCCCGGACCUGCACUGCGUGCUGGUGACGAAUCCACAUUCAUCGCAGUGGAAGGAUCCUGCCUUAAGUCAACUUAUUUGUUUUUGCCGGGAAAGUCGCUACAUGGAUCAGUGGGUUCCAGUGAUUAAUCUUCCUGAACGGUGAUGGCAUCUGAAUGAAAAUAACUGAACCAAAUUGCACUGAAGUUUUGAAAUACCUUUGUAGUUACUCAAGCAGUUACUCCCUACACUGAUGCAAGGAUUACAGAAACUGAUGUCAAGGGGCUGAGUGAGUUCAACUACAUGAUCCAGGGGCCCGAAGAUAGAUGACUUUGCAGAUGGAAAGAGGUAAAAAUGAAGAAGGAAGCUGUGUGGAAACAGAAAUGCAAGUCAAAAGGAACAAAAAUUACAAAGAACCACGCAGGACGGAAAACAAAACUAUGUAUUAAUUUAGGAUGGUUGGAGUUACAUUUAAAUAAACCAAAUAUGUUUUGUUAAAGUUUAAAUGUUCAGCAGUAGUUUGGGUAUUUUGGGUUUAUAUGCCCUCAAGUAAAAAAAGCAGAAAGGGUUAAUCAUAUUUUAAAACCAUAUUUUAUUGUAUUUUGAUGAGAUGUUAAAUUCUCAAAGUUUUAUUAUAAAUUGUACUAAGUUAUUUUAUGACAUGAAAGGUUAUUUAUGCUAUAAAUUUUUUUGAAACACAAUACCUACAAUAAACUGGUAUGGAAUAAUUGCA